AUGUUCUGCCUUACUAAAGUCAAAGAGCUCAGCCUCGACGUUCUCAAGACCAACAUCAGCAGAAAGCACAAGUUCGUUGCUGACGGUGUUUUCUAUGCCGAGUUGAAUGAACUUUUGCAGAGAGAACUCUGUGCCGAUGGAUACUCCGGCGUUGAGAUCAGAAAGAACGCGAACAAAUUCCAAAUCAUCAUCAGAGCCACCAGAGCUUCCAACAUCAUCGGUGACAAGGGAAGAAGAAUCAGAGAGUUGACCUCCCUUAUGAUCUCCAGAUUCGGAUUCAAGAAGAACUGCCUUGAACUCUUUGUCGAGAAGGUUGCCUCAAGAGGACUUUGCCCAGUCUCACAGGCCGAGUCUAUCAAAUACAAGAUUGCCGAAGGUGUCCCAGUCAGAAGAGCCGUUGGUUCAGUCAUGAAACUUAUUAUGGAAUCCGGUGCUCUUGGAUGUGAAGUCGUUAUCUCUGGUAAGUUGAGAGGACAGAGAGCCCAACACAUGAUCUUCAAGGAGGGAUACUUGAUCAAGUCAGGAAACGCCACCAGACAAUUCUACGCCUCUGCCAUCAGAUGCGUCUUGUUGAGAAUGGGUAUCAUUGGUAUCAAGGUCAACAUUAUGCUCAACACCGACCCAACUGGAAAGACCGGACCAGCAGCCAGAAUUCCAGACGUCAUUGAAAUCAAGACUCCAAAGGACGAAGUUUCAUGGGUCAAGACUUCAGUCGUUGCUGCCAACGCAAAGAAAGAGUAA